UUAAUUUUAACAAUAAAAUUUACUCUUCUCAAUUUAUUUCAGGUCCUCAACCUCCAUCAUUUCCACCUCCUUCUAUUCAAUAUUCUUCUCCAAAAAGUCCUUCUCAAACACCAAAUUUCACUAAACUAGACCAAAACAAUACCUCUAUUAACAAAUCAACACAAUUAAAAAUACCUAAUAAUUUGAAAAGUGAUAAAAAUGUUAAAGAAGUUAUUGUUCCAACAAAAUGUAAAUUCUUCAUUUUUCAACUCAAACAAAUUAAAUCCAAAAGAAGAAUUACCCUCAACAAUAAACAAUUCUUCUAUUCAAAAUCCUUCUCCUUCAAAAAUUCAAUUUAAAUGUCAACAAGAAUCACAACAACAACAACAUCCCCAAAAACCCCCUCCUCCUCCUCCAUUACCUCAAAAACCUUUAUUAAACUUUCCUCCUUCCCCGUCUACAUCUAGUCAACUAGCUUCUAUAUUAUGUACAAAAUCAGCACUUCGGAUGCCUUCAAAACAUUUAAUUGGCAGAAAUAUUAAAAACAAUAUUGUAAAUAAUGUUAAACAAGAAGAGAUUGAAGAAAAAAAUGUCUUAACUACUGAUGAUAAAAUAAUUAAUAUCAAUAUUCAGUCUACUUCUCAAAUUAGCUCAGAACCCGAACAAAAUUCAGAGAAUUUUACAAAAAAUAAUGAAGAAGGAAAAUUAAGUACAAAAAAUUUGGAGAAAAAAUUAGCUGAGGAAAAUGAAGACAUCCAACCAAGUAUAGCUAAAAGUAAUGAAAGUUUGGAAAAAAUUCAAGAAUUUGAAAAGUUAAAAUCAACACAACAACAACAACAACAACAAGAAGAAAUAACCAAGAAAGAAAAUUCAGAAAUAAUGCCCCCACAAACAAAUAAACAAUCUUUAUCAAAACAAGGGCCUUCAAAUAAUAAAAGAAUUAAUAACAAUACUUCCUCAUUAAUAACCCCUUCUUCGUCCACAAGAAAAUAUUCUUCCUCCUUACAACAAAAAUCACCUUCAAAUAAAUUAAAUAAUUCAACAAUUCCUUGCCCCACCCAAAUGUCUUCUAGCAAUACUUCCACUAUUUUAUCUCCACCAGAUUCGGCAGAAUUGAAUAUUAGCCAAUGCUCUAAUAUUUCCACAGAAAAUAAUAAAACAAAACAAAGGAAGCAGUGUUUUUCAAUGCCAACAAGCGCAACACAAUCUAUGGUAGCCAGUACAUCAACCGCCUCUGCCUCUUUGCGUUCUUCUCUUCUUUCUGGAAAUGACAGGCCUAAAUCCUUACUUCCAUUACAAUCUUCUAAAUUAAUCCGCCCUUCCAAUAUUGGAAGGACAACAAAUAAAAAUACAAAACAAAAUGAAAAACAACAAGCUAAUAUUUUAACAAAUCCUGGAGGGAAACCUUUAAUGUCGAGAAUAUCAACAAAAUCGGGCUUUUCAGCAACAAAUUCUCCUCAAAAUAAUAACACGGAGAAGAAACCGGUGCUAGCAGUUAAGGGCGUAUCUGUUUUGUCAACAACACCAGCUACCCAACGACGUCGACCCUCAAAUUCUAAUUGUUCAACAAAUAUAGUGUCACCAUCUACAGAUCAAAAUAUAUCUGCAGAUUCUUCUUUAGUUGAACAACAAAAAAGAAAUAGAGAAAAUGUGGCAGUUGGUGUUGUUAGUCCAAUGUUACAAAAACAUGAAAAUAAUUUUAUAUUAAAUAAUGAUCAGAACAGAACGUUGGACAAUGUUGAUACAAUAAUUGAUAAUACAAUGGGUAUUUCUUUGAUGGAAGAAAAGGAAGAGCCCCUCAAAUUUAAAGAAAAAAUAAAUAAUAAUGAAGAAAAAAAUAAUAAACAAAAAUCUUCUUCUACCUCAACCUCUACUAAUAAUCAGGAAAAUUUAUCAAAAAAAGAUGAAAAGAAAAUUUUAACAAAAAAACCUUCAAAUUUAAAUAGAAUAUUAUUACCGAGUACAUCGACUACAAAAAUUGGGAAAAUUAAAACAAAAGAAAAUAAUUUAAUGACAAAAACGACUAAAAUUUUACCUAAAGGAAAUGAAAAAAUAAUUAGAGAGGAAGAAGAAUGCCCACAAUCUCCUUUAAUGCCUCCACCUCUAGCACCAACAAAAUUAUGUAAUAAUGUGCAAUUGAGGGGUGAAUUACAAGGCAAGUUUAAUGAAAAUUUUAAUUUUUUAAUUUACUAUUGUUUUUUUUAUUUGGGUCUUUUAUAA